AUGGCUAACGAGGAAUUCGCGAAACCAUGGCUUGAGUUCGAAGAAGAGUUCGGCGAGCGCAUGCUCCUGAAGCCGCCGAUUUCAAGUAUGACCGAGCAGUUCACGCGAUACGGUGGCCUCAUGGCUUCGAAAUAUACCUUCCCUGCGCCCGACCCUUCCGUCAAGACCGAGGACACAGUCACCGACGACGGGACCAAAGUGCGCAUAUACACACCCGAUGGUUAUACCGGUGGCAAGCCAGUGUGCAUGUACUAUCAUGGUGGUGGUUGGGCUAUGGGCGAUGUCAACGGCGACGACCCAUUUAGCAGAGCAAUCUCGAAAGCCGGUGGCAUAGUGGUUGUAUCUGUUGAAUAUGGGCUCGCCCCGGACAACAAACAUCCUGGGCUGAUGAAUGAGUGCUACAAGGCCUUUUUGUGGGCAUUGGCCAAUUCAAAGCGACUCAACACCGCUUAUGGCAGGUACCUCACUGCGGGAGUCUCCGCGGGAGGUCAACUGGCUUUUGCAACUGCGCUGAGAGGCCAGCACGAGAGAACAGGCGAGCUUGUUGGUGUUGUCGCCAUUAUUCCUGCGACUGUCCAUCCAGAUGGUGUUCCUGAGAUACUCCGGGAGGGCUAUACAUCAAUGGAGGAGCAUGAUCAGCACACCAUCAAUACCGCGGGGGCAAUGCGAGCCUUUUGGGACGCGUUCGGUGCUCCGCCGACUGAUGUAUAUGGAUCACCACUACUUCAUCCUGGGGUCAAGAACCUGAAGAAGGUGUACAUGGUCGUUGCGGGGCAAGAUACACUAAAAGAUGACGGCGUGCUUAUGAAGUAUAUGCUCGAUGAUGCGGAGGUACCUACCAAACUCGACUACUACGAUGACUAUCCACAUUUCUUCUUCGCCUGGCCCUCGCCCAAACUCGAUGAGCCGAGGAAGCAGUUCUAUGAAGAUCUUGCUGAGGGUGUGAAAUACGUGUUGUCGGAGUAG